AUCUAGUUUAGAUUAAGGUGACAAGGUUGAGAUAUAUGUAUUUGACAAAAGGAUUACCAAGAUUAUCUCUUCUUUCAUUUCCAUAUCAUCAAAGCAAGACCAUCGUCUUUCUGUGAUCGAUGGAUGCAUUUCCGGCACCAUCAAAUCAAUUCUCCCAUUAAACUAAUAAUCAACUAAAGAUUGUUCAUAACUAGACAACCCGUAAUUCCAUCAAAGCCCCAAAUUUGUUUUAAACCCUUCAGAACUAAUUAGUUUGAGCUACAAUCACAAAAGUUUCUAAUUACGGACAAAAUCCUAUCUCAAGUUAAGCAAUCACAAAACCUUACAAAUUCCUAACCGUUUCCGGCCACCUUAGAUAUGUUAAGUCAUUGAUAGGAAUGAUUAAUCAAAUCUUAUAGUUUUGGACUUUUAGACUGGGUUAAAAUACGAUUAGUGUAUUCAUUUGAUUUGAUUUUAUUGUAAAUCAGGACUUCAUAAAUUUAUAUUUAUAUUGAAAAUAUAUUAUGUACAGGAAAUUAAGCUAAACGGUGUUAACGGCGUAAUCUCUAGACACGUGUUUGUUGUUUCAUUCGCAGGGACAAGGAGACAGGCAGAUUUCUAAGACAGAGGAUCUGGAGCCCUCUUGAUAGGGAUAUACAACACCAUAUUAAAUCACAACAAAGGCUCCUUAGUCCUUGCCGGUAGCCACCUUUGCAUUCAUUAAAGCGUCACACAUAUUUUAAGUUGAACUCAUGAAACGCAACGCGGGGACCACAUUCUGUAGCACAACGCGAGUUUAUCGCAUCUCGAGGGAGCUCUCUUUUUUCUCGACCUUCUUUAGUUACUUACUGGCUUCGGUCACUCUCCCUCCCUUUCCCACUCACUCACUCUGAAGUUUGAGCUAUAUAAAAUUUCUUCAUCCUGUCAAAGUUAGAAACCGUGAUUACUUCCUUUUCUUCCUCUUCUUUCACGUCUUCUUUCAGACAUAGCAGAAUCUGACAUUCAUUAAUCAAUUUCAGCUCUACGAUACAAAUUCGUGAAGUAGUGGUUGUUAUCUGAAUUCAGAAUCCCAUUUCCGAGCUUUCAUGAUCUCUUGACGAUUCAACGAAUCUCAAAUUAGCGACAGUGUAGAGUGGGUGGUGGUGGGGGAAGACCUCUGCGGAUGAAGACUUUCAAUUUCCGAUAUUCUGCAAGGUAGAGCUUAUGAUCAUAAACAUUAGGAUUGGAGGUCCCUAAUAAGCUGGCCAAAAAGAUGAAGAUCAGAUUUAGACUCACCAUUGCUUGUAUUGGUAUCCUUGUUUCACUUCAGUGCAUUUCUUGCGAUGAGCAACCUCAAGGGCCUGGUCUAAACAAAUGGAUAUGCUCAUGUGCCUCCACUAAUCGAGGGAAUGCCACCUACUCAAUUGCUGCAAACUGUUCCACGCUUUGUGAUUGUAAUCCUGAAGAACCUGUAGGGGGUUCAAGUGGAGAAACAUGGACAUGUCUUUGUUCUGCUGAAGGAUUUCCUAAAGUGCCUGACAACUUCCAUGAUUCCAGUUGUUUUACAGGCUGCAACUGCACAUUAGGUUCUGCUGGUGAGCGUAAAGUAGCGAGCAAGGGCAUUACAAGCAAGGUUGUUGUCUAUGUUCUCUUACUGAGUGUUGUGCUCACAACUCUUGCCUUUCUUGCUUCUCUGGGAUGCUAUGUUUAUCGAAGGGAUAAAUAUCCGAUGCAACCACCGAUUUUCUCAUCAGACAAGGACACAAGCUGCAAUAGUGCAACCAACCUCAUAAGUCAUGCGUCAACAUCAACAUCAUCUGUAUCAACUUUCAAACUCAAUACAAGUUCCUCAGUCAACCCUCUGUCAGGAUGCAUUAGAAAGGUAGCUUUCAUGUUUAGGACCAAAAGUGGAACUUUACCUGGAACCAUUUACCAAUUUUCGUACACUGAAUUGGAGCUUGCAACACACAAGUUUGACAAGUCUAAUCUCAUUGGGCUCGGAGGUAGUAGCCAUGUUUACCGUGGUCAGCUUAAAGAUGGUAGAACUGUAGCUAUAAAGCGACUAAAAACUCAAGGAGGGCCCGAUGCCGAUAAUGUUUUUCUAACUGAGAUUGAACUGAUAUCCAGACUCCACCACUGUCAUAUAAUUCCUUUACUUGGCUACUGCUCAGAAUCCCAAGGAAAACAAGCUGAAAGGCUAAUAGUGUUUGAAUACAUGCCUAAUGGUAAUCUUAGAGAUUGUUUGGAUGAGGUUCAAGGGAAAGAACCAAUGGAUUGGGUGACGCGAAUUAGGAUUGCACUUGGAGCUGCAAGAGGUCUGGAAUACCUCCAUGAAGCUGCUGCUCCCAGGAUUCUUCACAGAGAUGUCAAGUCAACCAAUAUUCUUCUAGAUGAUAAGUGGAGAGCUAAGAUAACGGAUCUCGGUAUGGCUAAACGGUUAAAGACAGAUGACCUUCAAAGUGCUCCAACUUCUCCUGCAAGAAUGCAAGGCACUUUUGGAUAUUUUGCCCCAGAGUAUGCAAUUAUUGGAAGGGCCUCCCUUAAAUCAGAUGUUUUCAGUUUUGGAGUGGUGCUUCUUGAGUUGAUCAGUGGUCGUCACCCUAUUCACAAAUCACCUGAUAAAGGAGAUCAAAGUCUUGUAAUAUGGGCUGCCCCUCGUUUGAAGGAUAGUAAGCGGGUAAUAUCAGAACUUGCUGACCCACUUCUGAAAGGUAACUAUCCAGAAGAAGAAAUGCAGGUGAUGGCAUAUUUAGCAAAGGAGUGCCUUUUGUUGGAUCCUGAUUUUCGACCAUCCAUGAGUGAGGUUGUUCAAAUCCUUUCUACCAUUUCUCCAGAUAAAUCAAGGAGACAAAGUUUUCCUGUAAAUCUUUUUCAGAACUCUUUAAACAGGAGUAUGAGAAGUUUAGUGGAGAUUGAGAAGACUGAUGAGCUCACUGAAAAUUCAACUGGUAGUAGCAUGAGAGCUACAGUCGAAAUUGAGAAAAACGACGAGCUGACUGAAAAAUCAACAGUUGCGGAGGAGUUGAAACGAACUACAUCUGAGAGAUGGUCUCCUAGGUGUUCUUUGCCAUUAAGCUUGGACCGUACCCUAUGUAUAAAUGGGGAAGUAGCUCUCUCAGCCGAUUAUAUGGAAAGAUUGGUUCUAUUAACUUCUAAAGGAAGAAGUUGGCGUGCGCACCCAGACGACGAGACAGUAGACCUGACAGAACCACGGUUUGAGUCAUUCUUGCAAGCAAACGUGCUUUCUGUAUAAAUAAAAGAGAAGUUACAAGUACUAGUAGUCUAGUACAAUCAGAAGCCAGGUAUUGGAAAGAAAUUUGUGAAAGCAAUUUCCUUUUUCGGCUAUGUUUCUGUUACUGUUGUGCUCAGUUGAUUAAUCCCAAAAUUUGUAUAACUAUUUUUUCUAGUGGUUUUUACAUGCGUUUACUUAAUGUACAGUAAAUACUAUAAAACAAGGAGGAUCAUAAUCUAGAACAAUCACUCUUCUAUGUGA